AUGGGUUGCGUCAAGCAGUACCUGUGGAGGACCAGUCUCCUGUUGUUCUUGAGUGGACUCAUCCAAUGGGGCGGGGCUAAGGUGCUUGUGGAGGUGCAGUCUGGCCCUCUGUAUCGUGUGAUUGGCUACCCUUUCUUCAUGUCCUGCAGCGUGAGUGGUUUCUCUAACCCGGCAGCCCGGCAGGACUUCAGAUUCUCCAUCUACAAGCCAAACAGACCCACCCGUGAAAUCCAGAUCAUCAGCACAGACGACAACAACUAUGCCAUGGCAGUGUACGGCGUCCGCGUCAGGGGCGGUGGCAUCACUCUGGAGCGCCUGUCAGUGACCUCGGUCCUCUUCCACGUGAAGAGUCUGGAGGAGGGAGACAAGGACGAGUAUGAGUGCCACACCCCAAACUCAGAGUUAGAAUAUAACGGGACGUACAAUGCUAAAGCCACAUUGAAGGGUAACGUUAUUUUUUACUGCCUAAAUGGCAAUACCUUCUGUGUCUGCCAUAUCUUGCUCGAGGACACCCUGACCACCUCUUCCACUGGCCCCGCCUCCUUCAGCCUAUCAGAGGGUGAUGCCCUAACCCUGAAAGGCCUCGCUUCCAGCAACACCUUCCAGCACACCCACCUGUCCGUCACCUGGUAUCUCAAUGGAGACGGGGAGGCCUCGCCCCGCCCCAUCAUCUCUCUGGACCGUGAUUUGACAGUGAGUCUGGGUCAGGGGUUUGAGGGACGGUACCAGGCAGGGCUCAUUGGUCUGGACAAGCUGGAAGAGGCCACAUACAGGCUGAAGAUGGCCAGGAUUGAGCUGUCCGAUGCAGGGAGGAUCUACUGCCAUGCCCAGGAGUGGAUCCAAGACCCAGACCGGAGCUGGUACCCAAUCUCCCAUAAAGACGCACAGGCAACCACGUUGGAGGUCAAAGCCAUAGAGAAACACCUCAAGAAGGCUCCCGACCAGGGUUCUGGCUCUAUGGUGGUACGUAUGACCGUGCUCAAAGCACAGCUCCAGGAGGGGGAGGAGCUGGCUGUGCAGUGCAUUGUGGAUGCCCAGGGCCUUGCAGGGCGUUUUCUCUCUGUGGCCUGGGUCAAAGACAACCAGGAACUGGCCCAGAUUGGGCCAACUGGCGUCCUGUCUGUGGGGCCGGAGUACGGGGGGAGAGAGAGCGGGGGCGAGCUGAGAGCUGUGUGGACGGGGGAGAAGACACACCUGCUCACCCUGUGGCCCGUCAGAACCCUGGACCAGGGAGUGUACCACUGCAGGGCCUGGUCACAGGAGAGGGAUAGGAACGGGGUCUUCACACAGGGACCCAGCCAGGAGUCAACCACCGAGCCUAUCACCAUCAGAGCUAUAGAGAGCGGUUUGGCUGUUGCCAUGGAGAACCAAAAGGUGAGCGUUGACGAAGGGGACGAGCUACAACUCGCCUGUAGAGUGAGCGGGGUCAAGGGUCAGCUCUCGGUCACCUGGAAAUACAGAUCAGCCUCCACGACAACGGGCUCCUUCAGUUAUGUCACCAGCCUAAGCCGGGUGGGUGUGAUGGAACCGGGGGCAGAGUUGGGGCAGCGAAACGUUCGUACCCUGCGUCCCACAGCAGACACAUUCACCCUAGAGAUGAGUGAGGUUAAGCCCUCUGACGCAGGAGCCUAUCAGUGCACUGUCUCCAAGUGGACCACGGAAACCAAUGAGUCUCUGAUGAGGGUGGACCUGAAGAGCCGCGGUAUUGAGGUGACAGAGGGUUGA